GAGAACCUGGGCUACGAAGCCAUCAGCGGUUCCACGGGUACUUUCCAGAACUCCGAGGACGUCACUUCCGUGAACUCCGGCGGAAAGCGCGGUGUCAACUUCGAUGGACGCGGUUGCUUGCUCCUUCCACAGACGGUGCAGCUUGGAUCGGAAUGGACGAUCUCUGUGUGGACUCUGGCACCCAUCGACGUUGCCGCGCGAACUUAUCGGGAUCUCAUAGAUUCACCGAACUCGCAAGAGCUCAUUGCCGUGAUUCUCGCCCGGGGACGAUUGGGGAACUACAACAGCAACUCGUUCGUGGAGGGCUUCAACGCCCGUGAGUUAGCCGACGGCUGGCAUCACAUCGCUGUCGUGGGCCGCAGCCGGCGGACCUCGUACUACGUCGACGGCUUGAGGAUCGGCUCGAAGCGGUCGCAGGCACGAGGGACCAUCGGCGUGGUGGGGAACAGCCGCGGUUGCAGAGAAGCCUGGGGCGUGAUGUCGGACUUUCAGAUGUUCGCCGUUGCCGCAGACGACGGCCAGAUAAAGGGGCUCUUUGAGUCAGGAG